GCCCUCCCAUUCCCCGUACGCGCGCGAUCUCCGGCGAGAGAUGGUCGUCGUCGGCGUCGGCGUCGGCGGCGGUGGCUCGAGGCUCGAGGGCGGGAACCAGGUGGUCUCCGCUCGGAUCCGUAAGACCAUCCAAUCCAUCAAGGAGAUCGUCGGCGACCACUCCGACGCCGACAUCUAUGCCGUGCUCAAGGAGACCGACAUGGAUCCCAACGAGACGACUCAGAAGUUGCUCACCCAAGAUCCAUUUCAUGAGGUAAAGAGAAAAAGGGACAAGAGGAAAGAGCAAGCAGGUUAUAAGAGCUCUAAUGAUACUAGAAAACAAGUGGAGCACAAUGGUCAACGGACAAAUUCCCGUUCGCCAGGGUUUCGCAAUGACCGUAGAAGAGCUAAUACUCGAAGUGCGAUGACUGAUGCAGGUGUUAAUCAGGAAUUUCGCAUAGUAAGGGAUAACAGAAUGAAUAACAAUGAGGAUAUGGAGAAAAAGACAGAAUUGGCUCAACACAGAUCUCCUGAACAUGAGGAAUCAAUAUCCAAUGUCCCUGAGAAGAGCUCUGCUGAUGUGCGAACUGAUCGAAAACAUUCAUCUACAAGGAAUUCAGUGAAGUACCAUCCAUCUCGAGAGUUAGCCAAAAAUUGUAAGCACUUACUGCCUGGACAGACACGUGAAACAACAACUAUUCCUCACGCAAGAAGAGAGGGGCAAAGUAGCCCUCAAAAAAAUUCAGCAACUGAAUCUUCAAUUGGGGUAUACUCCUUGAAUUUCGAUCCAGUUCACGUUCCAUCUCCUGAAUCCAAAGCAGCUGGAACCCAUGGGGCUAUUCGUCGUGAAGUUGGAGUUGUUGGUGCUCGUAGACCGUCGCAGUCAUCUGUUCCUAGCAGUUCAAAUCCUGAUCCUAUUUGGGGAAAGGAUAGUUCCAAUUUGGCUGGACUGUCUGGGCUCUCUGCUUACACAUCUAAAGGGAGUCAAACCAGCCAAGCUCCUGCUUCAGAGAUUAUGUUGCGUGGUGUAACUAUUACUAGAUAUUCCCAGCGCAGUAACAAAUCGCACCAGCCAUCUGCAGGUCACCAGAAAGCCAUGCAGCGCAACAUGGAGUGGAAGCCAAAAACAAGUUUAAAGUCCACCACCAUUAGCCCAGCUGUGACCAUGACAACUCCUGCUGCUGCUUUGGCUGAUACCAGCAAUUUAAGCGCAGUGGACGUUAAUGGCUUGUCGAACAAACUUUCUCAAGCUAAUAUAUCAGAUGAUCGACAUGUCAUCAUUCCAGAACAUCUUCGCGUGCCAGAAUCUGAAUAUGCCUGCCUAACGUUUGGCAGUUUUGGUGUGGGACUUGACCCAACUGAGGGAUUGACUUCUGCUUCUCAGGCAUUUGAAAAGUCAGAACAGUUUAACGAGCCUUGUUCAAGUAUAUCAGAAUCAGUUCCCAUAGUCUCCAAUGAGGUUGCGUCUGCUUCUGAACACAAAGACAUAGAUGACCUAGAGAGAUCUUUGCAGUUUGACUCUUUUGCACCAGCUGCGGAAACUGAUGAAACACCACAGGAAAUCAACGGGUCAUUGAAUUCUCAAAAAGCAGACGACUAUGCAGAUAUUGGGUUAGUACAAAGUGACAGCCCCCUCUUCAGUUCAGCAGAGGCACAAAAGCUGCAGAACCCUCCAAGCUUGCCCAGCUUCUCAGUGUAUGACAGCCAUACGAGUGAUGAUGCCCCAUUUUUCAGAACUGCUAUAGGGGAUAACGUCCACUCUCUAGGGUUAGAUUCACCAUCUGAGGGUUUGAGUUCACAUAUUGCCAGCAGUAGCAGUCCUGCUAUUGUCACAACACAGCAGCAGCAGCAGCAACAGUUGGUUCAGCCACAACCUGUUACGCAGCUAUACCCGCAAGUCCAUAUCUCGCACUUCCCGAAUUUCAUGCCAUAUCGGCACAUCAUUUCCCCAGUCUAUGUCCCGCCAAUGGCCAUGCCAAACUAUUCUACUAAUAUUGCCUAUCCACAUCCACCAAACGGAAGCAAUUAUCUCGUGAUGCCUGGUGGGAGCUCGCACUUGAAUGCAGGCGGAUUGAAGUAUGGAGCAUCACAGUAUAAAUCGGCUCCUUCUGGUACGGGAUAUGGAAAUUACACCCAUCCAGCGGGCUUUACUAUCAGUUCUCCUGGUGCCUUUGGUGGUACGACUGGCCUUGAGGAGAUGGCCAGGGUGAAAUUUAAAGACAACAACCUAUAUGUCCCAAAUCCACAGAUAUUUUGGGCAUGUAAUCUACAGCCAGAGACAUCUGACAUCUGGAUUCAAACGCCAAGAGAGGUUCCGACUCUGCAGUCGCCUCAGUACUACAACUUAUCGGGGCAAGCGACGCACGCCUCUUUCAUGCCGACCCACGCUGGCCAUGCUUCUUUCAACGCAGCAGCCCAAUCUUCUAAUGUGCAAUACCCAGGCUUGUACCAUCCGCAGCAACAGGCCUCGAUCGUGGGCCCCCACCACUUGGUGCACCAGCAGGUCCCUUCGCCACUUGGUGGUAGUGUCGGGGCCGCUCCUGGGCCCCAGGUUGGGGCCUACCAGCAGCCCCAGCUUGGUCAUCUGAAUUGGACAACCAACUUCUGAGAGAAUCUUUUUUUUUUUUUUUUUUUUUUUUAUAUUGUGUAAGUAGUUGUGGAAGUAGCUUAAUGUAUGAGUAGGGUUCCUGAGCUUUAAAUCUGUAGUAGUAAGUACACUGUUCUUCAGGUGUAUUGAACUAAGCAAUGCAGUAGCCAUUUUAAAUGUC